AUGUCGCAAAAAAAUUUACCCACUGCUGUAGGAAAACUCGGGCUAUCAUACUUAGACACAGUUUUAAAAAAAUUUUCACAAUACAUUUGGAAACAUUGUCUAAAAUGGAAAGAGCGUGUAUCUUACAUGGAAGGCAAGAACCUUUCGGAUGGAUCUAUAGACUCACAGAUCGAGAAAAUGUCACUCGCAUUCACACGAAGGCAGGCCCUAGAAUUUCUUGGUGCGCAAUCAAUUAAUGUCCCUACUCUGCAGGGGCCUCGAAAAAAUAAUAUGAUGUUCGGCAUUACGUUUUGA